GUCGCCGCGUGAGAGCAUUCCCGAAGCUUUUCCGAAUCUUCCCCCUGCCGGCUCUGCAGCGCCGUCAACGGAGCGAUCAAGUCGGAACUGGGCUGGACAACCUCCGGCAGUCACAAACCAUCAUUCUUGCCUUACAGCAGCAGCUAGCCGUGGUUUCGGAAGGCCGGUUGCAAUCGCGAACCAUCCGCCAUGCUCAUCGACGGAGAAAAGUGGGCGUGCGAAGCCUGUGUGCGAGGCCACCGCGUAAGCAACUGCCAGCAUCACGAUCGGCCGCUCCAGCACAUCAACAAGAAGGGAAGGCCGGUAUCGCAAUGCCAGCACUGCCGGUCCAUGCGCAAGUCGCGCUCGGCGCACGUCAAGUGCGACUGCGGCGAAAAGACCCACAAAUGCGUGCACUUGAGACCGACGAUCGAGGGUCACAAGGAUAGCUGCUGCUGCAACCAUGGCGGCCGCUGCACCUGCUCACACAAGAGGGAACCCACGCUGGACACGGUGCCCGAGUCGGACUCGGAGGACGGGGCCGCCGCCUGCCACUCCAAGAGCUCCAAGUCGAACUCGCGCUCCAGGCGCCGCGCCAACACGACCAGCUCGGACGCCGUCCUGAUGUUCGACGCCAACGGUCACCACAAACCGACGUACAAGCACGCCAAGGCCUCGCAGAAAUGCGGCCCGUAUCAGCUUAAUCGCGUCCACUCGAUGACCAGCGCGAGCAGCAUGCGGAAUCGGUCCAUGGACGACCUUGUUGGUGCCGGAACAAGCGGCGAUUCCGGUUCUACGACGGGAAGUCGCGGCAGUGGCGGUGCCGCCCGAUCGCAAAGGAGGGUCAAGUCGGAGGCUGCUUCGCCGCUGCUGGAGGCUUCCUCUUCGUUUGCGGAGCUCAACGGGCAACUGCCGCCCCUGGAUCUGUCGGGCAUCAAGUACCCUCCGUACAUCCCCAACAGUGCCGACUUCUUCGGCUCGUUCUCAGAUUACGAACAGCCCAUGUUUAGCGCCGGACUGAGCGCCGCCUCAGUUGACUGGAGCAAUUACGAAGGGUUGGAGCUUGCGAGCAAGACAUCCGAUUUCGCACCUUCGAACUUCAGCCAGCCGCAGAGCUACGGCUUCGACUUCACAGGGUCGGAGAUCCCGACCCUGACGACGACUACGUCGAUGUCCGGUGAUGUCUCGGAGGUUGAGGAUUUCCUGUCAAACCCGCUCGAUGACUAUGACACGUUCCAAAGCAGCGUCCCCGUCAGUGGGUAUGGAUUUGGCAUUAUCGGCAACACGGAUCUCACAAGCCUGGACAUGGACGACUUCAAUCUCGAGAAGAAGGACGCCAGCAAAUUCCUGUCGACACCUGCCUCCAUGGCUGGUGAUGACCCGACACUGCUUACCACCGGCGCGCACGCCUUCAGCGGCCUCCCAUCUCUGGAUGACGACCCGGCAUUCUGGAUGAAUGACUACGGCAUUCCGAACCUGACCGAGUCGCCCACUGAAAGCAGCAUGCCCUCAUUCUGGGAUGGCCCAUGAUACGGAGCGACAUUGGCAAC